CUCCUCUAAUCCACAUACUCUCCUCCUUUUAAUGAAAGGACGAAACUACCCCUUUACUAGGGGAACUCAGCGCGCCGCUACGCUAAAAGAUUUCAUUAAAACUGGAUGCAGUUAUGCCCUUGUUCAUGUCGAACUGAAAAACCAAGGAGAGGAUGCUUUUAAGCCUGAAAUAUAUGGUGAUACUCUGAUUAUUGAACGCAGGAUAUCUGAUUCUACUAGUUUAACGGUUCUCAAGGAUCAUCAAGGAAGAAAAAUAUCAAGCCGAAGAGAGGAGCUACGGCAACUUGUUGAACAUUAUAAUAUUGAUGUUGAGAAUCCCUGUGUGAUAAUGAGUCAAGACAAGAGCAGGGAGUUCUUACAUUCUGGAAACGACAAAGACAAAUUCAAGGUUCUGCAUCUGAAAAAUAAGCUAGCUUGGUCAUGGGUAUAUGAUGUGGAUAGGCAGCUCAAGGAGCAGAAUGAGAAGAUCGUGAAACUCAGAGAACGAGUGCCUACUUGUCAAAAUAAAAUUGAUCGGAAACUGAUGAUUCCGCAAUCUUCUUUUUCGAGUUUUGAUUUCCGGUUACCUGUUGAUGUGUCUCGUCCUCUGCUCUGUCCAUGCUCUUAUGAGCUCCGCGCGGUUGUGUCUCCAAGGAGUCGGGUUCUUCGUCGGAACUUCAAAGUUUUGAACUUUCGGUUAGUUUCCUGCGGAGUUCGUGGGGAUUCGAAAAACCUAAGAUUGACAGAUUCUAGUAGAAAGGCUGCAAAUAGGGAAGAUCCGAUAGUGGAUAAGCUUAGGACCCAAUUGGGUGUAAUCCAUCCACUUCCGUCACCACCCCUAAAUCGUACUGUGAUUGGUCUAUUCGUCUUCUUCUUUUUCGUUGGUGUUGCUUUUGAUAAGCUAUGGACUCGGAGACAAACGGGUGGAGAUGGAGGGCAAAGAGGAUUAGGGCCAUGGCCACAGGUUCCCACCAGCUUCUCUUUGUUCCUAGAGAAGGAUUUGCAAAGGAAAGAGUCUGUGGAGUGGGUCAACAUGGUGUUGGGGAAGCUCUGGAAAGUGUAUAGAGCUGGGAUUGAGAAUUGGCUCGUGGGUUUGUUGCAGCCAGUGAUUGAUGACUUGAAGAAGCCUGAUUAUGUUCAGAGAGUUGAAAUUAAGCAGUUUUCUUUAGGGGAUGAGCCUUUGUCUGUCAGGAAUGUUGAGAGGAGGACAUCUCGCCGUGCCAAUGACUUGCAGUACCAAAUUGGCCUUAGGUAUACUGGUGGUGCCCGCAUGUUGUUAAUGCUUUCUUUGAAAUUCGGAAUUAUCCCAAUCGUUGUUCCAGUUGGUGUCCGGGAUUUUGACAUUGAUGGUGAGCUUUGGGUCAAACUAAGAUUAAUACCGACACAGCCUUGGGUUGGAGCUGUAUCAUGUUCGUUUGUAUCACUUCCAAAGGUCACAUUUCAACUCGCAGCAUUCAGAUUGUUUAAUCUAAUGGGAAUUCCCGUUCUAUCAAUGUUCUUGACAAAACUGCUGACGGAGGAUUUGCCUCGAUUAUUUGUCCGACCAAAUAAAAUUGUUUUGGAUUUUCAAAAAGGAAAAGCUGUUGGCCCUGUUUCAGAAGACCUGAAAUCAGGAGAAAUGCAGGAAGGCAAUAAGGAUUUUGUCGGGGAACUAUCUGUCACUCUUGUAGACGCUCAGAAACUUCGUUACAUGUUCUCUGGUAAAACGGAUCCAUAUGCAAUUCUCAGAUUAGGUGAUCAAGUUAUCCGUAGUAAAAGGAACAGUCAAACUACUGUCAUUGGGGCUCCUGGUCAGCCAAUUUGGAAUCAGGACUUUCAAUUUCUUGUUUCAAAUCCUAGAGAGCAAAUAUUACAAAUUGAGGUCAAUGAUCGUCUUGGGUUUGCUGAUAUGGCUAUUGGUACUGGAGAGGUUGAUCUCAGAUUUCUGCAAGAUACGGUUCCUACAGACAGAAUUGUGAUUUUGCGUGGUGGUUGGAGUUUGUUUGGAAAGGGAUCUGCAGGUGAGAUACUGCUACGGCUUACAUACAAAGCAUAUGUGGAGGAGGAAGAAGAUGACAAGACCAAUGUCAAAGCCAUUGAUGCAGAUGCUUCUGAUGAUGAAAUGUCUGAUUCAGAAGAACUUGGCUCAUUUGUGCGGAAUGAAAAGGUUUCUUCAGAUGAUAUUGGUCAAGAGUCAUUUAUGAACGUGUUGUCUGCAUUGAUUGUGAGUGAGGAGUUUCAAGGCAUAGUUUCAUCUGAAGCCGGAGACAGUAUAAUUUCUGGUGGUGACUCGCUUGGGGCUCCAGUACCUUCUAAGGCAGAUAGUAGUAAUGGGUCUGAAAGCAACGCAGAUGUAUCAGAUUCGGAUUUGUUAGUUGACAAUUCUGGUAGAGGGACUGGCGGUGAUGGAGGAUUAGCAUUACUGUGGUUCGGUAUAAUCACGGGUAUAUUGGUUCUUGUUGCUAUCAACAUGGAAGGCACACGUUUCUUCAACCCGUAAUAUAGUGCUAUACAGCUCGCUGGAGAUUUCUGUUGCAAGUUUGGUUGUCAUCUCUUCCCAACCUUAGAUAUGGCUUACAACGAGAUCUCAGUUUUGCAAUUUAAUUAUUAUUUGUUGUAUGUAAAUAGCCAUUAGAAGAGGGAUACUUACUAGAGGCAGGAAGGGUUAUUCACUUAUUCUGUCCAAGCUCUUACUGUGUACACUUGUAGUUGGUAUACAUGAAAAAUAAAGAGAGAUAAAUCUG